GUGUUUGAUAACACGCCUGCAGCCAUCGAUGGCACUGUUGCUGCUGGCGAUGAGAUCACUGGUGUCAAUGGCAAAUCCGUCAAGGGGAAGACCAAGGUGGAGGUGGCCAAGAUGAUCCAGGUGGUGAAGGGAGAAGUGACGAUUCAUUACAACAAGCUCCAGGCUGACCCCAAGCAGGGCAAGUCCUUGGACAUCGUUUUGAAGAAGGUGAAACAUCGGCUGGUGGAGAACAUGAGUUCGGGGACGGCGGACGCCCUGGGCCUGAGCCGGGCCAUCCUGUGCAAUGAUGGGCUGGUGAAGAGGCUGGAGGAGCUGGAGCGGACGGCCGAGCUGUACAAAGGAAUGACCGAGCACACCAAGAGCCUGCUGAGAGCCUUCUUUGACUUGUCCCAGACACACCGAGCCUUUGGAGACGUCUUUUCGGUGAUUGGCGUCCGUGAGCCCCAGCCAGCGGCCAGCGAGGCUUUUGUGAAGUUUGCUGAAGCCCACCGCAACAUCGAGAAAUUUGGGAUCCGGCUUCUGAAAACCAUCAAACCCAUGCUGACAGAUCUGAACACGUACCUCAACAAAGCCAUCCCUGACACCCGCCUUACCAUUAAGAAAUACCUGGAUGUGAAGUUUGAGUACCUGUCGUACUGCCUGAAGGUGAAAGAGAUGGACGAUGAAGAAUACAGCUGCAUUGCCCUUGGGGAGCCCCUGUACCGUGUGAGCACCGGCAACUAUGAGUACCGCCUCAUUCUGCGAUGCCGCCAGGAAGCCCGGGCACGUUUCGCCAAAAUGAGGAAGGACGUGCUGGAGAAGAUUGAGCUGUUGGACCAGAAACAUGUCCAGGACAUCGUGUUCCAGCUGCAACGCUUUGUCUCCACCAUGUCCAAGUACUACGAUGACUGCUAUGCAGCAUUACGGGAUGCAGAUGUCUUCCCCAUCGAGGUGGACCUGGCCCGGACCACCCUGGCCUAUGGCCAGAAGGACCUGUAUGCAGAGGAUGAGGAGGAGGAGGGGGCGGCAGCCUCGGGGGAGCCCCAGGGGCCACGAGGCUCCCAAGAGGAAAAUGGAGAGAAGCUCAUAGACAUGCCCGAAUGAGCGCCACACCCCCAGGUGGGGAGCAGGGCUGCUCAUGGCUGGGGAGGCCGGGAGGGGAGAUGUGGACCAACUGCCUGAGGUGACUGAUAAAGACCCGCUGGUGUGGGGCUGACGUCUCAUCUCUGCUCCUCUGUGCCAGGCCAGCUGGGAGCUCAGCCUCCAUUUCUGCCCCCCGCCAGGUUGUGGCUUCCCCCUGGGCCCCCAGUCUUUGCCCAUUCAGUGUCUCCUCCCUAGCUAGGGGGGAGAAGGGAAGGAGAGAAAAAGCCUCUCCAAGGGUGAAGGUGGGCAUGGGGGCCGUGGCCUGAUCCCACUUUGGAUCUUCUGAGCUUCACUCAGGGAGGGGCCUCUUCCCUUCUCCCUGCCCUGAUCUGGCCACCCUCCUCCCAAUUUUUGCUGCUCCUUGGCAGGAUGGAGGAGGAGCUAGAGGCCAGACCCCCUCCCCUGCCAGGGCCACGGCUGCCUUUUCCACCCUGCUUGGCCCUAAAGCAGCUGAGAGGGUGGGGGAGGCAGCUUCAUUUAGCUUUCCCCCACCACUCUGAAACUGGGUCUCCCCUAAAGUGGGCCAGGCCCUCAGGGUUCCACUGUGGUAUGGGGGUGACCAGACCUCACACUCAGGGGUGUCCCUUAUUUAUUAAGCUCUCCCUGCCCCUCUGCUUGUGCUCUGGGGCUCUGGUGCCUUGGGCUUGGGCUUGGGGGGAGGGGGUCCUGGGAGGGGGUCGGGUGGGGAAUCCUGUACUUUAAUAAAGAGAAAGCUGGAUUGUGACUUUUCAGUGACUGCCCCUUCUGGGCUAAGUGAGGGAGGCUGGAAAUUGAAGGCCUCAGACCCCCUUAACUCACCUUUCCUCUUCUCACCUCGUCCCUGCUGCCCUGCUGCCUUCCACACUCCUCGUCCCCACCAGGUCUGGGGCAGGGCCUCAUUCUGGAACCACCGGAGACCAGGGUGCCUGCAUCCUGCCCCUCUUCCUCGAUGGCUACAACUGCUGUCUCCUUCCAGGUUGAAAUGUUUGUUAGGGCUCCGGCUGCUGACUUCACCCCACAACAGCAGCGUGCCCCCAUCCCCCAGGGGCCAGGCCACGUCUCUAAAAAAAAAUGUCCUUUUUAUGGAUGCCUUUUGUUUUUAUAUACCGUUCACUUCCUUUGUGUAUGUCCCCUUCUCCCCUCCCCAUUGAUGGAAGAAGCAGCUCAGGAAAGCCGGUGCCCUCUGACUGUGUCACAGCAUAUGCGUGGCGCCCCUCACCACCUCCGGGAACGAGGGAGGCAGCUUUCUGCACCUCAGGACCAGGCUUGGCCAGGACUUCUGCUUUUAAACUUUUAGAAGUUUUAUCGAUGUGUUUUGUCUUGUUCCAUUGCCAAAGCUUCCCCAGCAUCCCUUCCCCUCCCAGAGAGCCAGUCUUUCUAACAGAGAACUUUUUAAAUAAAAACAAGAAGAGGAAAAAGGCAGAGGAAUUAAUCUGAAAAUCUGCCUCCCCACCCCCCCACCCUGGGGCCCUUCUUAGCCCUUGUUUAUAAUUCUGCAAACAUCACUUUGAGUUUUUUGGUGGUUCUUUCCAUUUGCGUUGUUGUGGUCACGGUGUAGAUUGUUCUCUUGGCCCCUCGGACUUCCCUCUGCAUCAGUUCACUUAGAUCUUCCCAGGCUUCUCGGCACUGAUCCCCCCACGUUUCUUACACAGUCGCAUUCCAUUACGUUCACUUAAGAGAAUUUGUUUAGCCAUUUCCCAGGUGAUGGGCAUCUCCUUUGCUUCCAGUUCUUAGCCAUCCUCAAAAGUGCUGCUAUAAAUGUCUUGGUGAGUAUGGGGACUUUUCUUAUUAACAACCUCCUUCUUACUAAUAAACCUAGGGAUGGAAUCUCUGGGUUGGACAGGCGUGGACAUUACAGUUACUUUAUUUGCGUAACUCGACAUUAUUUUCCAGAAUGGUUGUGCUGGUUGACAGCUGCUCCACCAACAAUGUAGUACGCUUGUCUCCCUAAAACUCCUUGGUUUCAAUCAUUCCCAUCUUCCAUCGUCCCUGCCGAUUUUCUAGGAUUGUGGUCAAACCUCAGGGUUGUUUAGAUUUCCUUUUCUCUUAGUGAUUUGGAGCGCUCACAUCCUCUGAUUACCUGUCUCUUGGGGGACAGCUUAUAUCUUGGGUACAAAGUGCUUAUCAAAAAAAAAUAUAAAGAUUUACUCCCCCCCCAUCUUGCUACUUUUCUCCUUAUCCUAGGUACUUCAGUUUUAUUUUUUCCAGAAGCUUUUCAGUGUCAAAUCAAAGUGAUCUGCCUUGUUUUUUGUAAUGAUCUUUUGUUUGGUUAAAAAUACAUCUACCAGUCGCAGUGAUCUGUUUCCUUUCUGAUUUUUAAAUAAUGCAAUCCUUAAUAUUAAGGUCACGUUUCCAUUUAUAAUUUAUUGGGAAGUGUGGUAUAAGAUUUUGGCCUCAGCCUAAUUUCUGCCAGAUUGCUCUCUAGUUUUCCCAGCAAUUUUUGUUAAAUAGGGAGUUCUUUCCUAGGUAACUUAUAUUUUCAGGUUAAUUGAACACCGAGUUACUGAAUUGUAUUGUUUCAGUCUGCCUUAUCUGGUUUGGUCUGUUAAUCUACUUUGGCCUUUUUUUUUUUUUAACGGUUCAGUGUCUCGUUUUUGGUUCUUUUCACCUGCGUUGUUGUAGCUGUAGAUGGUAUUUUCCUGCUUCUGCUUACUUCGCUCAGCAUCAGUCAAUAAUACAAGUUUUUCCAUGGUUCUCCAAA